AUGCAGUUGACAAUUGUAACCACUUUCGUUGGUUGUCUAUUGUGGCUUGCCCAAGUUGAUGCCACCUUGGAUCUAUUAUUACCAAAUCAAGGGAGACAGGAAACUUCGAAAUGCAAUGGUGUAUCAAAAUCCAAACAGACGAUAAUCAAAAAUCCCCCCACUCUCGCCGAAGAUUCUUGUGUCUAUCACAUUCGACCCUAUAGCCCUAAUGUCUGCCAAUUGCUGGUGGAAUUCAAGGAGUUUGAAUUACAACAACCCGUCUUAGAUCCCCAAACUCUGCGCCUAGAAUGUGGUGAUCAUUUGGAAAUAGGAGAUUUUUCUCUAUGUGGUGAUAAUACGGGACAACAUCUCUAUUUACCCUUUAACGUGGCAAAGGGUGAGAAAGAAAUCGCCCUAACAUUUAAUUUACCCCAUCGAUGGUCAUCAUCGAAAUGGCAUUUGAUUGUGACCCAACUGGAAUGUCCAGUCCAUAAGAGAUUGGGUCAGCGAUUAUUGGAUGAAGUUCUAAUGGAUGGGAGAACAAUUUUAAGUGCCAUGGCGUCGGAUAGCAGUCAUGAUUGGGAAUUAUUGGCACCCACGGGAUGUAAUCAAUAUUUCACCAAGACGGUUGGGACAAUUAAAAGCUUCAAUUUCAAAAAUGAUGGCUCUUCGCGCUAUUUGCCGAAUAUGAAAUAUGUGAUCUGCAUUAAGGCUGUCAAUGGGGCGACAAUUAUUGAAUACCAAGCUACGAAAUUCUCACUAUCGAAUGAAAUUGAAAGUUCUGCCGGCUACGAUGGCGAUUGUCAUAGUACCAUACAAACGGAUGGCCGGAGAGAGGAUUAUCUGAUGAUACCACAAUCAUAUGUGGCAAACAGUAUGAAUAUUUUGCCGACCUACUAUUGUGGCACAUCGAUGCAAACCCGACCAGAUGUUAUUGCCUCGGCACCAUUUAAUCUCCUGUUCACUAGUGAUUCGAUAACCGAUGAAACUGAAACUGGUUUUAGUAUUAAUUAUCGUAUAAGAAAUCCUUAA